AAUACGGUGGGGAGAUUGGCGGCUCGCUUUCGCUCCUGUCAGAAAUUUCCUUAUUACCAGCUCUAAUGUUGAGCCUUAAAUGUCGGUACGGAUGUGUUGGUAAAAGGGGCAGCAGCGGGUCUAAAUGUGGUGGUGUUUGGUCGAGUGGAACACGGACGGCGGACUGACUCGAACUCUAGUCGCUAACUUGGCCGUCGGCUCGAGUCGGUCUCGCUGACGGGUCGCGCGCGGCCUCUCCCUCCUCAGACACAGCGACUCGGCGACGGCGCUGUGUGUCCCGCCGGCACGCGCGCUCUCUCUCACACACACACACCUUCGCUUCACACCAUCCUGGAUCAGCGAAGGGAGUUAUAGCUCGAGUGUUUUUGCUUGUUUUUUUUUUUUUUUUCCCCCGCUUUUAUGUGUGCUAAAUGGCGUCGGACACGAGUGAUACAGAGGAGUUCUACGAUGCCGCCGAAGACGUGAACCUGUCCCCUUCUCCCGCCGGCGUGUCACCAGCAAAAUUUGUCAUCCCUUCAAAAAAGGUGAAUGAACACCUCCCGCCCCAGGAUAGCACUCUUACGCUUGAUGCCCAGCCUGCAGACUCUGUCCAGAUCAUUGACAGUAUCAUAGAGGAGAGUCAGAAGGAGAGCACGGUGACAGAGGAACCUCUACUGACGGAUGGUAAAGGGUUGACUCAGGGGAACGAGGCUGUAGGAGGUGGAGUUGAGAGAGACGUGACCAAAGAGGAUGUGGUUGAAGUGGGUCUGAUUAAAGGAGGGGUGAGUGAUGGAGGUGGGGUCAAAGACGACGAAGCUGUACCAAACAUAGACCCAGAGUCCCUGGCUAAGGAACAGAAGACUUCGAUAGAAAUAUCAACGGAGCCAUCAGAGGGCUAUGGCAAACAGCAGCAGGACUCUGGGGUCUCACUGCCGCUUUCUGGGGUGUCUGGAGCAUCCUGCCCUUCAGUGGAGGUGGUGCAGGAAUUGAGCCCGCCAGAUAUUACUAAUGCCCUGGAUCCUGAGCGACAGGGUCAUGUGCAGCCUGUGCAGCCUGAAGAAAAUGGCCAACCCUACCGAACAGCAGACAUACUGGAGCAAGUCUCUCUCCCUGCCAAGGUAGCUGACCAGGACCCCCCUGCACCGACCAAGCCACCUCGACAGUUCAUCACAGAGCCGGAUAUUGUGGCCAGUACCAAAAAACUCCCUCCCGUGCGACCACCUCCUCCCAGUGGCACCCCACCUCCACGGCCGCCUCCCCCAUCCCGCCCUGCACCACCCCCACGCAAAAAGACCCAGGAAACCCUGCGGCCAACAGAGCUUGAGGUCUCCACUGAACCAUCAGCAUCGUCUGGGCUGGUGUCUCCCAAUACGGCUGUGGAUUUCAUCACCAAGGAGCUGCAGCACUCUCUGGACUUGGCCAGUGCUACCAGUGGAGAUAAGGUGGUGACCGCCCAGGAGAGUGGCAAGGCAGCAGAUGGACAGAGCUCCACCACCAGUGAAAGUGAGGCGAUGGGACCACAGAGGCCGCGGUCCAGCUCAGGCCGUGAAAUGACUGAUGAGGAGAUCCUGGCAAGUGUGAUGAUCAAGAAUCUAGACACAGGGGAGGAGAUCCCUCUCAGCCUGGCUGAGGAGAAGCUUCCCACGGGCAUCAAUCCACUGACACUGCACAUCAUGAGGAGAACCAAAGAAUAUGUCACGAACGAUUCAGCCCAGUCAGAUGAUGAAGACAAGGCCCACACCCACCUCAGUGACACCGACGGUGGAAAGCUGAAACAGAAAACCACACAGCUCAAAAAGUUUUUUGGUAAAUCUGUGAAGAAGGCCAAGCACCUGGCAGAGGAGUAUGGUGAAAAGGCAGUCAACAAGGUGAAGAGCGUCCGUGAUGAAGUUUUUCACACGGACCAGGACGACCCCUCCUCCAGCGAUGAUGAGGGCAUGCCAUACAACAGGCCUGUGAAGUUCAAGGCUGCCCACGGCUUCAAAGGCCCCUUCGACUUUGACCAUGUAAAGAUGGUCCAGGAUCUGAGUGGGGAACACAUGGGAGCAGUGUGGACUAUGAAGUUCUCACACUGCGGCCGACUGCUGGCCACCGCAGGCCAGGACAACGUGGUGCGCAUCUGGGUGUUGAGGAAUGCUUUCGACUACUUCAACAACAUGAGGUUGAAGUAUAACACAGAAGGUCGCGUUUCUCCCUCUCCCUCCCAAGAAAGCUUGAAUUCGUCCAAAUCUGACACAGAUGGUGCAAGCCUGAGUGUCAGCGAGGAUCUCGACACAGAGGACAGAAAUGCCCCCUUUCGCCAGGUGCCCUUCUGUAAAUACAAAGGGCACACAGCUGACCUUCUCGACCUGUCCUGGUCAAAGAAUUACUUCCUGUUGUCGUCGUCGAUGGACAAGACUGUAAGGCUGUGGCACAUAUCAAGGAGGGAGUGCCUCUGCUGCUUCCAGCAUAUCGACUUUGUGACAGCGAUCGCCUUCCACCCCAGGGAUGACCGUUACUUCCUGAGUGGCUCCUUGGACGGCAAACUGCGGCUGUGGAACAUCCCAGACAAGAAGGUGGCGCUAUGGAACGAGGUGGACGGCCAAACGCGCCUCAUCACUGCCGCCAACUUCUGCCAGAACGGGAAGUAUGCCGUCAUCGGGACCUAUGAUGGUCGCUGCAUUUUUUACGACACAGAGCACCUGAAGUACCAUACCCAGAUCCACGUGCGGUCGACGAGGGGUCGAAACCGAGUGGGCCGCAAGAUCACUGGCAUCGAGCCUCUGCCUGGGGAGAACAAGAUUCUGGUAACUUCCAAUGAUUCUCGGAUUCGCUUGUAUGACUUGCGAGACCUUUCGCUGUCCAUGAAGUACAAAGGAUACGUCAACAGCAGCAGUCAGAUCAAGGCGAGCUUCAGCCAUGACUACUCGUUCAUUGUGAGUGGCUCCGAGGACAAGUACGUUUACAUCUGGAGCACCUACCACGACUUGAGCAAAUUCACCUCUGUGCGACGAGACCGUAAUGACUUCUGGGAAGGAAUUAAAGCUCACAAUGCAGUGGUGACAUCGGCCAUCUUCGCCCCCCAGCCCAACCUCAUACUUCCCCUGGAAGCAGGGGCCACUGAGAAGCCAGACACAGAGGGCAAGAGCGCGGAGCCCAGGGAACCGGAGACCAUCCCCUCAGGAGCCCUGAAGACUGACCACAGCGAGGUUCUCCUCUCGGCUGACUUUACCGGCGCCAUCAAGGUGUUCGUCAACGUGAAAAAGCAUUGAGCACAACUUACCCCCCCUGCCUGGGCCUCCAGCUCAGAUGCUGGGAGGCACUGAAGUUCUGCUUUCAAGUCCUAGUCCCUGUCCCGUGUUUAGCAUCCUCCACAAUGAGGAGGAGCUGGUAAUGUCACUGAUACACGUUUAACAAUUUUUGGGUGUUUUGUUUAAGUUGGUGGGUGGUGAAAAUUUGAGUAAAGUGUAAAAUUCCAAAGGACACAAUUCAAUCGCAGCAACUUUCUUUCAAAACGUUAACACACACAACUAGGCUGCAGCCGUUACUAAAAAUGUCAGAUGUGCCUCAGCCGGUUAAUCUUACAGUGACAGCGUUUUUCUCUUUCCAGUCCUUCUCAUGUUCACUCAUUGUGAUCCUGUUACUAGUUCAACUGGAUUCGUUAAAAUAAUUUGUAUUGUUUUUGGAGACAUGGGGGGCUCUAUUUUGUUAUUUAAAGACCAUUCAGUUUGGUCCUUUACAGAGAGCUUUGAUAGGAAAAAAGCCAAAUAACAUGUAAAUAGGUGGUAGCAGAAAAGCCAAUGAUGUUACAGUACUUGAGACUUGUUACUGAUGGUUUGUGUGCUGCUGGGGUAAAAGUACAAAAAACAUAUUACAAUAAACGUUGAUCCUUAAA